GUGUUCGGCCUUCUGGUGAUUGAUUAGUUUGGUCUGGAGAAAGCUCUGUUUGGAUUAGCCGUACUGUUGUUUGUAUUGCUAAACGGAAGCGGCGAAAAUGGAUAUCAAUGGUUUGGACGUUAAUUUAAUUCUCUUGUUUACGGUAGUCAAAGUAUUCCACUGUUUUAGUUAGACCGUUUUUUGACACACUAGUCUUUUAUUUUAUUUUAUUUUUUAAAACUAUAUAUGAAAAGACCGUGGCACUUUCGGCUCGCUUUGUUUACACUGCAGCAGAUGGUUAACACAACAAGCGUAGUUAUUUUAUACUGGUAAUGAUGGAGUCACAAUGCGAGUAUUUCAUGUAUUUUCCCGCCGCUCCAAUAUCGAGCUUGUCAGACCCGGCGGAGUACACAACUCUUCCGCGGCGAAAGCACGUCUACCUGGGGGAGAUAGUCCAGUUCCUGCUGGUCCUGCGGUCUCGGAACACAGCGGUGGGGAGGGAUGACAGCUCCGGCGGUUUACCUUGGAAGGACCUGGCGGGUUCUCUGUCUGCUCUGGCCAGUGUGUGCGUCGCCGAAAGCCGGCAGCAGAGACCCAGCGAGUACCAAGCCGAUAGCCACAGCACCUGCAGCGAGGACGACGGGGAAGAGGAGCCCGAAGAGAGGGAGUCUGGAGGGGAAAAGCCGCCGGACAGUAACCGGACUUUCAAACAGUGCAGUCCGCACCUCAUUCACAACAGCUCGGCCAGGGGUGGGCGGCAGUCUGGGAGUGGACCGGUGAAGGCUGCUCUGGUGUUGAAUGACCAGGUUGUCUUCUGUCUCACCGUCUCGUUGGACAAGCUGCCAGUCAACACACUUAAAGCCAAGAUCAUAGUGACAGUGUGGAGUCCGGAGGAUGAGAAGGCGGAGGUGAGGGAACAUGGCUACCUGACUCUUCUGCAGCUCCGGAGUCCAAUACACACCUUCAGGCAGGACCUCAACACCUUCAAGACACAGGUCAGCACCAUCAUGCAUGUUCUCCCACCUCCCAGUGUCCAGUUUCAGCACAUGGCUGUCUCUGGAAAACACCUGACUGUCCUUAAAGUGUUGAACUGCAGCUCUCAGGAUGAGGUGUGUGUCAGAGAUGUGAAGAUCCUUCCUAACUAUAACCUGUCCUACCUCCCCAUGAUGCCCGAUGGUUCAGUUCUCAUAGUUGACAAUGUCUGCCACCAAUCAGCUGAGGUCACUGUGGCUUCAUUCUAUCGGAUGGACAGCGAGUCAUCGCGUUUACCCAGCAUGCUCAGCGCCCUGGAAGAGCAGAACUUCCUGUUCCAGCUGCAGCUACAGGACACAGCAGAGGAGGACUCCAGUGAGGGUUUGGAAGUCCCGUUGGUGGCUGUGUUACAAUGGUACACUCCAACUCUGCCUCUAACAAGAUACAUCUCUAGUUGUUACGCGCUGCCCAGUAUCCGCUUGGAUCGUCCUCGGCUGGUGAUGACAGCUUCCUGUCCUCGCGCUGUCAGGCCUCUGGAACCCUUUUGGGUAAAAUACACCCUGCUCAACAACUUGCAGGACUUCCUGGCCGUCCGUCUGAUCUGGAACUCUGACUCUGAUAGAGGAGGCCAGCAGGAUCCCAGGGCCCACCCGGCAGUGGUGUGCCAGUCCCCUCUCAACAACCUGGGCCAGUGCAUGAAAGGCUCCACCCUCUCCUUCACCGUGGCCUUCCAGAUCCUCAGGACUGGACUCUUUGAGUUGAGCCAGCACAUGAAGCUGAAGCUGCAGUUCACAGCCUCAGUGUCCACCCCCACCGUGGAGGUUGGAUCCCCGCUGAGGAACAGUCCAUCUUCAGUCAGAGAGCUGCUGGACAGACAGAGCCUGGGCCGCUCUCAGAGCUUCUCCCACCAGCCACAGCCCAGGGCUCACCACGUCAGGUCCGGCAGCGCCAUGGCGCAUCGGAGCAUCACUCCUCCUGCAGGAUCUCCAGCGGGCAGAGGCCAGCACCCGCCGCCCAGCCAAAGCCUCAUCUCACUGGACAAAAUAGCCAAGAGAGAGUGUAAGGUGUUGGUGCUGGAGCCGGUCCAAGAGGCACACAGCCGAUGACCUGGAAAAGAAGAUUUGUUUACCAGAGGCACAUACAUCAGUGUUUGGUCCCUCUGUCCAGCCACCAGAGCAUCCACCCUGUGCCCUGAAGGCAACACGCUGUGGACGGAGUGAUGGAAGGAGGAGCAGAGGAACGCUGAUUGGCCAGAGAGGAGGAGGAGUGGUGAUGAGAAGACAGGGAGACAAAGGUCUCCCCCCGUGGAGCCACAGUUGUUCAUUUCAUUGGUUUAUCAUUUCAAUGUUGUUUUGGUUGUUACUUUUCUAUCAAGCCUUCAUUCCAUUUUACUAAACGGGUUAUCGGCGUUGACUGUAUUUUCCUUUCUUAUGGCAGCUCUUGUUUUCCUGUAGGAUAUAAUCAGGACACAGGUAUUUAUUUUGUUAAAGUAACAGUCCAACAUUUUGUGAAAUACAGUGGUGCUCAAAAGUUUACAUACACAUGCUUAAGUUGACUAAAAAGAGUAAUAAAAAAAUCAUGUUUGGAAAUUUAUUUUAAUACCUAAAUUAAAAAAUGAGGUAAAAUCCAACCUUUAAGGACACCAAUUUUCUUUGUGAAUGAAUAACGUAUUGUAAAUAUAAAUGUUC